GGCGCGCGCCCGGCGGGCUGGAUGUCGGGGCUGCGGGCGUUGCUGGGGCUUGGGCUGCUGGUGGCGGGCUCGCGGCUGACGCGAGUCAGAAGGCAGGCGGGCGUCUGCAUUGCGGGCACCACCUGGUGGGAAGCGCGCCGUCUGAGCUUGAGUGGCCGCCGGGGCUCAGAGGUCAUGGCGAGCACGGCCGUCAAGUACCUGAGCCAGGAGGAGGCCCAGGCCGUGGAUCAGGAGCUAUUUAACGAAUACCAGUUCAGCGUGGACCAACUUAUGGAGCUGGCCGGGCUGAGCUGUGCCACAGCCAUUGCCAAGGCAUAUCCCCCUACCUCCCUGUCCAGGAGCCCUCCUACUGUCCUGGUCAUCUGUGGCCCUGGAAAUAACGGAGGGGACGGUUUAGUCUGUGCCCGACACCUCAAACUCUUUGGCUACCAACCAUGCAUCUACUACCCCAAAAGACCUAACAAACCACUCUUCACUGGGCUGGUGACUCAGUGUGAGAAAAUGGACAUCCCUUUCCUUGCUGAAAUGCCCCCGGAGCCUGGGAUGAUUGAUGAGCUGUAUGACCUGGUGGUGGAUGCCAUCUUUGGCUUCAGCUUCAAGGGUGAUGUUCGGGACCCAUUCCACAGCAUCCUCAAUGUCCUUAGUGGAAUCACCGUGCCCAUUGCCAGCAUUGACAUUCCCUCAGGAUGGGAUGUGGAGAAGGGAAACUCUGGAGGAAUCCAGCCAGACUUACUCAUCUCCCUGACAGCACCCAAAAAGUCUGCAUCUCAGUUUACUGGCCGAUAUCAUUACUUGGGGGGUCGUUUUGUUCCACCUGCUCUGGAGAAGAAGUACCAGCUAAACCUGCCACCCUACCCUGACACUGAGUGUGUCUAUCGUCUGCAGUGAUAAAGGAUGGGCAUUCAUUCCAAUAAAGACCUAGUGCCUUCAUUCCCAAAACUCUGGUGUCCCAGAAGCUCUUCUGGCCAUAAAGAUUAGUGAUGGGAGCCAAAGAACAACACUGGAAAGGUAACACUAUCUCUCUGCA